AUGUUGCUCUUCGCUUUCUUUUUGGCUCUGUCGCUGCUUGCGGCAGCGGACGCGGCAGCCAUUGCGAGGAAUCCGUACAGCUGCACAAGCUUUGUGGUUCGUGUUCCCGUCGACAACGUGACGCUGGUUGUACCACCAUUCCCGGACUUCGCAGACCAAUAUGCGGCGACGGCAUUCUCCAACGAAGUGACCAAGGGACUGUCUUUCCCGGCCCCAUCAUCGGCAAGUGACAUGAACUCGACCACUCUAAGCACCACGUUCGACAUCAGCGCCGACUACUGCACUCCAAACAGGCCUGGCCCACGAUCUUCGACUCUACAGAUUCUGACGCACGGCAUCGGCUUCAACCGAUCCUACUGGGACUUCUAUCUGCCCGGAGCACCCGAUGACGCAUCGUACUCGUACAUCAACAGCGUCACGGCCGCCGGAUACAGCACUCUGUCAUGGAAUCGUCUGGGCAUCGAGCCAUCGACCAUCCCCGAUCCGUACAGAGAGCUACAAAGUCUGGUCGAGCUUGCAGUUCUCACAGAGCUCACGCGACUCGCACGAGGAGGCAGUGUCCCGCAGGUUCCUCAACCGAGCAAGGUGAUUCACGUCGGCCACAGCUGGGGCAGCAUUCUGAGCAACGCACUCGCCGCGACCGAACCAGAUCUCAGCGACGGAUUGGUUCUGACGGCAUAUUCGCAUCUGACCACCUACCAGGGUCUAUUCAUUGCCGACUCAUCGUUCCACAUCGCCUCGCAGAACCAGCCCGAUCGAUUUCCCAGCAACACGUAUUCAACAGGAUUCCUGACUUGGCCUGACGCAGCUGCUAACCAGUACUCGUUCUUCGCGUACCCUUACUUUGACCCUGCCGUGUUGGUCCAGGCAGAAGCGACAAAGUACCCCUUUUCCGCGGGCGAGUUUUUGACUGCUGCCACUCUUCCUCUGGAAGCACCCAACUUUCGUGGUCCAGUGCUGUAUCUGGCAGCAGAAGCAGACUUGAUCUUCUGCGCUUCGAACUGCUCGGCUUUCUUUGGUCCAGACAGUGUCGCGGUCCAGGCUUUCAACGGCAGCGCCAGCGUCGAAACUUACAUUCACCCUGAUGUUGGACACGGGAUCAACUUGCAUAAGAACGCGACGGGCGCCUACAAUGUCAUUCUGGAUUGGAGUUCGCGACAUGGUUUCAGUGCUCGUCAUUAG